AUGGAAAAUGAUUUACGACAAAUAUUUUCUAUUCAUCAAAAUCAAAUUUUUCAUCAAUUUGGCGGAAGAGUCGAAAUAACUUCAAACGCCACAUUACCCCAAUCUUUAGAGGCCUGCCGUACGUUUUGCGGAGGUGGGAGAGUAUGGCCAGAUCCGUCAGGCGGAAUUUACUAUUUGAACAAAGAUCUGGUAACCAUAGAUCUGAAAAGAUUCCGAUAUGUUCUGGGGUGCAGGAAAACGCUAGUAGAAAAACUAACCAAACGGAGGUUCCGCGAUAUGAAGAAUCGCUUGCACAGGUUCAAACCAGAUGGUAAAAGUGAUCUUAGACCCCGUGCUUUAUGUAUCUAUGCUGUAUACUUGAAAGACUGUAUCAACACGUCAUUGACUUUAGAAACAGAUGAAAGCUAUGAACUGGAGAUAAAGACGCCUCCGGCGGUAGUUCAUGUUAGAAUAAUGGCAAAAAACUACUUCGGUCUGAGACACGCGAUCGAAACACUGGAGCAACUGAUCUUCUUCAACGACAUCACCAGACAGAUCCAGAUGCCGGCUAGAGUGAAAGUAUACGACGGACCAAGCUAUCCGCACCGUGGGGUGAUGUUGGACACCAGCCGCAACUACCUUAAGAAGUCUGCGAUCAAGAGGACUAUCAUGGGGAUGGGAAUGUCCAAGUUGAACACACUGCACUGGCACAUUACGGACCAACACAGCUUCCCUUACGCCAGCCGCACUUGGCCGAACAUGACGCGCUUUGGGGCGUACUCCCCCAGCAAGGUCUACACCGCGGAAGACAUCAAGGAGAUCAAGGAAUUUGGGAUUUAUCACGGAGUUCGCGUGGUUCCUGAGCUGGAUGCUCCUGCUCAUGUUGGCGAAGGCUGGCAGUGGAUCGACGACGCUCUUAUCUGCUACAGGAAAGUUUUGUGGACUAUCCACUGCCCAGCCCCACCCUGUGGGCAGCUAAAUCCCCUCAGUGAGAAGGUCUACGAGGUCCUGGAAGGACUCUACAAGGACAUGAUAAAAGACUUUGAUGCAGAUGUCUUCCACUUAGGAGGCGACCAGAUCAACAAAAACUGCUGGCAAUCUUCUAAGGCUAUCAGGCAUUGGGCCAAUUCCACGGAUUUGAUGCUGGAAGAUAAGAUGUUUUUCAAGCUCUGGAACAACUUCCAGGCUCGGGCCUAUCAGAAACUCAAGGCUGCCAAUGGCGGGAAAGACAAACAGGUCAUUUUGUGGACCAGUGAUUUAACGAAGAAAAACAAUCUUGAUCAGUUGGACAAUAAGACUUACAUUAUUCAGAAUUGGAACGGCAAAGGUGACACGAAAACUGUUUCUGAUUUGAUUAAUGCUGGAUUCAGAGUUAUUUUUUCUCACUAUGAUGUUCAUUUUUUGGAUUGCGGAAUUUUUGAAUACUCACCAUUAAAAACCCUUAAAUCUCUAAAAUUGGAAUCAAAGAAGAACUUAAUUUUUGGCGGUGAAGUAAUUUUGUGGUCAGAAUCUGCUGAUGAAAAUUCCCUGGACAUCCAGCUGUGGCCUCGAGCAGCUGCCUUAGCAGGAAGACUUUGGAAUGAUGAUACAAAGUCAUCAAGAUAUGCGUGGCGAGAUGUGGAAUCUCGAAUGUUUCUUCACCGAGAUCGCCUAGUCGAUCGAAGGAUUCUUGCCCAGGCCAUGGCGCCCGAGUGGUGCCUUCAAAACCUGGGACUUUGCCGAUUACCUAUUGAAAUUACUGUUGAUGAAAAUUCGGGUUAUACUAUAUUCCCUGUUUAA